GCAACCAGCACUGCAUGGAUCUAGGGGGGGAUCUGGUGAUCAUUGACAGUGAGGAGGAACAGAAAUUCGUCUCAGGAUUUAAGAAGAGAGUUUGGAUUGGUGCUGUGAAGACAGAGGGAACCUGGAAAUGGGUAGAUGGCAAAGUCCUGGGUGAUGCAGGGUACUGGGCUGAGGGAGAACCAAAUGACUACCAGGGAGAAGAAGAAAAUUGUCUAGAGAUCAGAGGAGAUCUCAAGGACCCUCUGAGAACCUGGAAUGACAGCAUUUGCAGUAUGGAGAAAAUAUAUAUUUGUGAGAAAGCAAUGUGAUUUAAAUUAAAAACAUCUAUCUUAUUUCGAGUCUUCCCAUAGGACAAUUGUAGUUUUCAAAUAUUUUGAUAGCUCAGGAAACAUAGAUGUGAUCUCACUGUUGUUUCAAUUAUGUAACAAUUUAAUCUCUAAAGAUUUAAGCUUUAAUGUCCUUUUCAUCUCAUUGCUGUCUAGGGUAAACUGAGGAGAUAAUAAGUAGAUCUCUUUUGAGAUUUUCUCUUCUUAACAUUUUUCUUAUUCUACUUGUAUCAAUGAUGCCAGACUACCCAUGAAUCUUUAACUGCUGGGUUCCAUGUUAAUGAUACCUUGUCAGGUGCUGUGAGCAGUUUUACAUAAAUGUUUUUUGAAAGCAGAAAAAAUGUUAACUUGCACGUCACUGUACUCACUUAUUACUUGCUUUUUUAUUAGUAGUUGUUCUCCGAAUGUCCACCAGGUGACACAAAAUGUGCAUCUAAUGUAAAGAUGAAUUUGACUUUAGGCCUACAAUAGUGGCAGCAAAGUGUAAAUCAAACAAACAUGGAUACAUUACAGUUAGUCAUUUGACAGACGCUGUUAUUCAAAACAACACUGAAGAUGACCCUUCCCCAUGCAGUUUCACCCGACGUAAAUAUCAGAUAAGUAACAGAGACUGAGGGAAGAGGGAAAUGUUUUGUUUUCAUUUAAAUGUGUAUUGUGCAUGGUCACGAUUUGUAUGAUUAGGAUGUUAAAGUGAUGGGUCAUUAAAAAGACCAACCCUGAUGAAGACAUUAAAGGGGACAUCUAGUGCUUCUACAUGUUAAUUUGGGUAUCUGGCAUGUCUACCGACCCAAAAAAGAACUCCCGCGAUUUGUUAUGGUUCUAGUACGUCAGAAACGUCAUGCUUGAGUGACUGCGAAUGAGCUUCCUUAUCAUUCUCUCGUCACUAUGAUAUGGGAGUCUCUCUCUUGCAUGGCCUUGGCCCGCCCCCCCUACACCCACUAUAGUAGAUACGAUAUUUGCCAAAGCACUUCACUUCGUUUUUGCAAACCUCAGAUACACUUGGAAUAGCUAGCUAGCUGCAUGAAGCAAAUUAAGCCCUCAAGAUGCGCUGUGGUCGGCUGCACAGAUUUGUACAUAACGUCCCAGGCUCAGAAGACACAAGAGAGAAAUGGAUUGAAUUCAUAUUUAAUGGUAAUUGUUGAGUUGUGGUGCACUGUUGCUGCAGCUACCGUUGCAUUCGGAGGAAAGAAUAAAUGAUGGAGUUAUCUUUAGCCGUUCUUGGCGUAUUUAUUUAACAGGCUUCUGACACAUCAGUCUCACGGUCAGAGCUAACUUCAACUGACUAACUAUCAUAUGGCAAAUCGGCCUUUAUAGCCUGUACCCUAGCGCCACCCUGUGGCGUAACCAUAUAUACAUACCACAGUACAGCAUUACAUUACAUAUACAUCUGAGUACAUAAUGAACAUAUCUCAACA